AUGGAAGAAGUAAGUUGCAUUCCAGGUUAUAAAAAUAUAAAUGUUCAAGCAUUGUACAAACCACAAGAAGACUAUACUUACGUUAAUGAUAUAAAGGCUAAAAAAUUUAUAUAUAAUCCAUAUUUUAUGAAAGAACCAGAGGGCCCAUUCAUUCAAGAAUACUAUGAACAUUAUGAAGGUGACAAGCCACUAAAGCGUUCCUUAUUUUCUCCGCUUAUUUGUUCAUCACAAAAAUUAAAUAGACAAUGUAAUCCAUUUGUGGCAUAUCCUUAUGGAGUUCCUCAAGAUCCAUUAUAUGAAAAAUGCCCUAAAUGUAAAGGAAAUAAAAAACAUAGAAAAAAAAAGAAUAAGAAGACAAAAUAUUAUUAUGAAAACGAUUACUUUAGUUCGAAAUUAAGACCACAUAAUAGUUUACACGACUUUAAAUAUAAUAAAGAUAGUUAUUAUAAUGAUAAUGAAGAUAUUCAUUGUUUUAAUUGCUCACAAGAAGACAAUUGCCAAAGCAACAAUUUUAACUAUAACAAUACACCUCGCUCAAACAAUUUUGAAAAUAUAUAUUCUAAUGAAUAUGAAACAGAAGAAAAAACAAAUAAUUCAGUAGAAAUAUUUGAUGUAGAUGAUUGUAGUAAAUUGAAUGAUUCCUUUACAUAUUACCCCCACUAUAAAAACGAUAAACAUUCUGAAUAUUAUUAUAGUUAUAAUGAAAAAGCAAAUUUGAAUUAUCAAGAGAAAAAUAAAAAAUGCACUCAAAACUAUCAUAGUAAAAAUAAUUUUCAUUCAAAUGACUAUGAUUAUAAACAAAAUAUUUCGAAUGAAAAAAGACAAAAUGAUUUUAAAACAAACAAUACAAAUUCUCAAGAAUAUAAAAGUACUCUUGAUGUAGAAAAGGAAAAUGACAUUGAAAUUACUUUAAAUGAAUAUAAAGAUAUGAUUUAUGCUAAUGAAAUGAAUAAAUUUGUUGAUAAUGAAGAUAAAUCAAAUGAAAAAAAAAAAGAACUAACAGAAGGUAAUGAUGAAUUAAAUUCGGAAAAAAUAAAAAUAGAAAUCAAAGACAAAAAUAUAAAAUGUAAUGUAAAAAAUGAUAAAAAUUCAAAACAAUAUAAAAAACAAGUUAAAAUAUGCGAAGAUGAAAAUGUUUUAACUAAAUAUAAUGUCAUGGAAAGUUUUAAAAAGCAAGAAAUUUCUAAAGAAAAUACAAAAGCUAGGAAUCCUUUGCAGAAAAAUACUCAAUAUACUCAGGAACAUGAAAAAAAAAAAAAUGGACAUAAUGGUAGAUUUUGUAAAUUAAUUAUUUCAAAAUAUGAAAUGGAAAAAAAACUAAAGGAAGCAAAAAAUAAAAAUGAAAAUAAGAAUAGUCUUGAAUUAUCAACUUCAAAUGAUGAAGAUACAUUCGGUUCUUCUUCAUCAAAAAAAAUGUUUGUAAAAUAUAGGAAACUUUCUUUAGAUAAAAAUAGUAUUACACCUAAAAAAAAAAAUGAAAAAGAAUUAGGUCGUAAAAAUUCAAAGUUCCCUAUUCCUAGAGCAAGAUCGUUGAAAUUGAGAAGAAACACUAUUAAUUUGUCAACAAAAAAUAGUAAUUUACCUUUAAGAAAAAAAAGUAAUUUGAACAAACUUAACUCAAUGAUUGAAACUAAAUUUAAAAAACAAAAUACUUUAACAUUAAAGAAAAGAAAAAGUCUUUUGAGGUUAAAUUCUAUAAAACCACCAAAUAGAGUUAUUUUAAACAAAAAAAAGUUGGAAAAUACAGAGAAAAACAUAAAUAUUUUAGAUAAUAAAAAAAAAAGAGAUUUUCAAUUAAGGUCAAGAAAGCUUCUUAGUAGAUCGAAAACAAAGGUUUAUGUAAAUAAUGAAUCAAGAGUUUUCAAAAAGUGUGAAGUGAAAAUGCUUUCAAAAAAUGUUUUUAAGCCACAUGUACCUGAAAAAAACUCAAAAAUAAAUGAACUUGAUAAUGAUAAAAAAAAAAAAAUCAAAGAUAUUCCUAAAAAUAAAAGAAAAACAAACUUGUACUUGAAUACUAACACUACAAAAAUAAAUAGUAAUUCCAUAAGAAAUAAAUUAAAAUCAAAAAAAAAAGAAUUAUUUGAAAACAUUUUGUCCUUAACUAAGAAUAUGAAAGAAAAUCCAUUAAAGAAAGAAUAUAAUGAUAAAAUAGAGGAUGCAGAUUUAUUAUCCUUAAGUUCUAAUAAUAGCAAUGAUGAUCAUGAAGACAAUGUAUCUACUAACUUAACUAUUCUUAAUCAACAAUUAAAAAAAAAAAAAGUAGUAACAUAG